CCACCUUUGUUUUCCGCCUUUUUCAUGCCACCGCCGACCGACGUGCUUUAACUCUUCGCACCUUCGGCGCGGCGCAAGUGUUCCUUCGCCCGAAGUGCAGGAAGGCAGGCCAUGGGGCCCAGUGAGGUUUUCUCGCCUCACCCGGUGUCGCAGCCUACUUUUGGGAAACCCGCGCGCCCCCGUUUUGUGCGACGGGUUGUGACUCGCAGCCAGCAGUCGUCGCAAACCCCACACGCAGCGGAGCAUCGCAGCCACGUAGUACGUAGCAGCGAUGAGCGGGCUGUUCCCGGUUUUGGUGUAGCAGCGAUGACAGUAUCGCAGCCACAUGACCGGGCUGUUUCCGGUGCUGGUAGCAGUGAUGACCGGGCUGUUCCCGGUUCUGGCGAUAGCACUUUAUUCCGGAUUGUUCCCGGUUCUGGGGCUCACCAGAUAGUACGUAAAGCAACAUUUUGGGCACCGGAGUUAAGGACCACCCGGCCGGUUGGUCCGUAACUCCGGUGGGGAGUUAACGAAUGAGUUUGUGACCCCGCUCUAAGAGGACGAAAAAAUAUUAGCUCUAUCAUCUCAAAAAAAUGGGCGACAUCUCCGUGCACGUGAUUUCCAAACUGGGCAAACCCUCUGUCGCCGACGCCACAGUGGAGGUUUUCUACUCGGCCGACAAGUCCACCAAGCUUCUCGGCACCAGCAGCUCUUCCUCCUCGUCGUGGCAACUUCUGUCCACGACCAACCUAUCCGAGCACGGGGGGAACGACGAACUCGUGAAGCCGGGGGACUUAAAACAGGGCUUGUACGCGAUACAGUUCGACUUCGCAAAACUUGACACCGCAGCCAAGCAACUGUACCGGAAAAACGAGGACGGGUCGUUUGAUCCGUUGAACCCCGGCGGCUGGUUUUUGGCGAAUUCCUGCGUUUUCGUGUUAGACAUAGCGGACGAGAAGUCGUUCAACCACUUGGUGUUGAGCAUCGGGGACAAGGAAAUCACUGCUAGACCGGGCGUGAGACAGCACUGAUUGUAGUCUUUGUUUUGAGGAAAAAUGGAUCCCGAGUACGGUGGCAAGGAAUUCCAAGAACCAACUCUAGACGGAGAAUAAUAAAUAAACAUCAGGAGCCGCAAG